CAAGUUGCUCGCGAUAAAAGAGCCACUUACUACGUUUCGUCAGGUAUCACACAAUAAAUUCAAGACUUUCAAAAGGAUUUACAUUCAAGGAAAUUCUGUUUCAAUCUAUCUGCACUUCUUGCACUUUAUGCACGUGAAGUGAAAUAGAUAGCAUAUCGGAGCAAGAAAGAGGCAAGAUGCAAAACAUAGAAAUUGUGGUUAGGACGAACAAAAAAGAGACGCAUUUUCUCUGUCUCUCUUUCACAAUCAGACACGCAACUGAAGAUAUUUUUGUCACACGAUAUUUGCAAGAUUACGCAUCGCUGAUAAAUUGAUAAAAUAUGUCAAAUCGACAUAAACAAAGAUUGUGCUGAUAUAAUCGCAGAUGCAGUCGUAGUUAAUUUGAAAUAAGCGCUUUAUUAGGAAUCUUGAUUGAAGAUACCCGAUCAAAAUAUGGAUUCAAUGCAACAUGAAAUCUCCAAAGAGGAUCAAACAUCUAUUAUAAGCAGUAAACUGAACAGUAAACCUUUAUUUAAGUUAGACGAGCCUGUUUCCACAGUGUUAAAUUCAACGACAACAAAUAACUUUGAUAUUAAUGACGAAGAUAGUUUAUCGUUUGUAGUAUUAGGUAAAGAUUCUGUAGAAGCAGCUCAGGCUUCUGUAUUAGCGUCAUAUGUUGACAUUCAACAAAAAAGCAUGUCAAUUGAUUAUACAUCCAUGGUUUUAUCAUUAAGCACAGAUGAGAUGCAAAAGAAAUUGAGUGAUAUGUUGCAAGAAAAUGUGAAAUUAAAAGAAACCUUAAAACAAAAUACUUUAUCCAUGAAAGAACAAUUUAGUACCUUGGCAAUGUGGCAGGAGGAAGUGAUGAAGGUUCAUGAAAACCAUAAAAAAAAGUUUGCGGAAACUAGAGAGCUUAUUAAUCAUCUUAAGAAGGAAAAUGCUGAACUAAAAACUAAACUGUCACAUUUGCAGCAUACUGAAAGCAUGGGAUUUGAGACAAUUGGCACUAUUCCUCAGUUGGAUAUCACUAAUGUUUGUAGUGCUCAAACAGAACUUCAGCAAAUUACCCCACAACUCAAGACUGCAAUGUCAAAAAUGGAUCUUGAAGAAUGUAAACAUUAUAUAACAUGUAUAAUAUCCGAAAAAUUUGCUGAAAAAGCACUACAAAAUAAAAUAGAAGAAUUAAAAACGGAAAAAGAAUUAGAAUCAGCAAUGCAAUCGUUAAGUUGUACUGAUAGCCAAACUUCUUUAAAAAUUGAAAAUCAAAAAAGUUUAGAAGCAAAGGAUGAAGAAAUCAAACAUUUAAAAGAGUCCAUUGCUUUGCUUGAAGAGAAGCUGCAAUGUGCUCUCACUCCAAUUCAACUACAUGAAAUGUCAACAUCGUCAUCAUCCAGUUUAAAUCGUCAAAAAUUUGUACAAAAUAUAAAGCAAUAUAAUGAUAUAUUACAAGAAUUAACUAAAUGUUAUGUACAACAAAUAGAACGCUUUGCUACCAUAGAGAAAAGUUUUAAGGAUAUUACAGAUAUACUUAUGAUACUUGAUAAUGAUAACUCGAAAGUGCAGUUUAAUCAAUAUGGAGAAAAAUUAUGUCAAUGCUGCAAACAAUUAACUGACGAGCAAGUGAAAAUUAUCUCAGAUAGACAGACUCUGGUUAAAUCGCAAAAUCAAUUUCAGAAAAUAUUCUCAGAUUAUAAUUCUAUUUUAUAUGAAUUAGAAAUAAUAAUCGAUGAAAAUACGAAAUUGAAUGUUAUAAAAGAAAAUAACGCUCGCGAGAACUUGCAGAAAUUAGAGGAAUUAGAACAGAUUAAGCAAGAGCUUGAAGAGGAAAAAAGAAUUUUGAAUCAAGAGAAGAAUAAUCUUGAAAAAGAAAAAAAAUUAUUUGAAAGUCAGAAAAAAGACUUGGAUAUGGAACGCCUGUCGCUGUAUGAUGAAAAGAAACUUAUAACGCAAGAGAAAAUCAGUCUGAACGAAGAGAAAAUGUCACUCGAUCAUCAGAGUCAGUUAUAUGAAAAUUGUGAGAAAGUUCUGCAACAAGAGAAAAAACUUUUGCAACUUAGCUGUGAAGAAUUGCUAGAGAAGGUGUAUAAUUUGCAACAGGAAAUUGAAAAGAAGAAUAUUGAAUUUAAAGAAGUAAUGGAACAACUUGCACAAAGUAUAGAAGAAAUUAAUCUAUUAAGAUCACAAUUAACACUAUACGAAGAAGACUUCCAAUAUGAGAAAAGACUUAAAGAAUCCUUAUUAGAAGAGAAAAGUAAAUUGGAUAUGGAAUUGCAGAAGCAAAUAAAAUUCAACAAACAAUUACAAAAAUCCGAGCAGACUACUAGUUCUAUUGUCAGAAACGAAUCUGAAUAUUCAAGUAAUGUUAUAACAAAUUGUCCAAAAUGUGCGAAGCCAUAUCACGGCUUGACAGCUUUAAUGGAGCAUAUUGAAAGAUGUCUGGAUUAAUUAUUAUAAUUGAAAAACAUAAUUUAUACUAAUUCAAUUCUGUCGAACAGCGUCGGCAAAAAUUUUUUUAUACACUUACAACUUUGGAAAAUUUGAUAAACGAAUUUCUUUGAUUACAUUUACGGGAAUAUACAUCUGAUUCAUUAUUAUUUGAAUAC